AUGACUCCAGCAUGUUUCGAUAUGUUACUCGAAAUGAUCAAACAUAAAUUAUUAAAACGUAGUAGGAGGGUGUUCCUUAUUCCAAAAUUAAGAUUGGCAAUGACACUAAAAUGUUUGGCACAUGGGGGUUCUUUUCAAAACUUGGGUUGGGAGUUUCGCGUAGGACAUUCUACGGUAUCCAAGGUAAUAUAUGAAACUUGUGAAGCGAUAUGGGAAACUUUGCAGCCAAUUUACUUAAAAUCACCUAGUGAGACUGAUUGGAUGAGUAUAAGUGAAAAUUUUUUUAAUAAGUGGAAUUUCCCUAUCGUACUGCUUGCUUGUUGUGAUGCCGAUUACAAGUUUAUUUGGGUUGAUAUUGGGGCCUGGGGAUCUGAACACGAUUCUGGAAUAUUUAGAAGGUCCAAAAUGGGCAAAGAUUUAAAUGAAGGAAUUGUUAAGUUACCAGCAGCAAGUAAACUACCUGGUAGUGAGACAGUAAUGCCAUACUUUUUCGUCGGGGAUGAAGCCUUUCCAUUAAAAUCAUACAUUAUGAGGCUAUAUCCAGGCAAAUUGUUAAGUGAUAAGAAAUUAAUUUUUAAUUAUCGCCUAUCUAGAGCUCGCAGAACAAUAGAAAAUGCCUUUGGUAUAUUGGCCAGCAGGUGGAAAGUUUUUCGUUCUCCACUUUUAUGCUCAGUAAAAACAACUGAAUCUAUAGUAAAAGCAACAGUAUGCUUACAUAAUUUCCUAAAGACCGAAAUUUCGAAUUCUUAUGUUCCAAAGUCUGGUGAACAAUGA